GGAAUAUCUUUGUGCACACGACACUAACAGUAUAUCUUUAAAAACCAGCUGAUCACCGAUCGCGUUCACUUGAGAAAAACAAACAUGCCUAAAACAAGAGGAAAGGCUAUUGAGUGCAAGGCUGCUGUUUGUUGGGAGCCAAGACAGCCUCUCUCUAUCGAAACAGUCACAGUAGAACCACCAAGAGGAGGAGAAGUUCGUGUUAGGAUUGCGUUCACUGGUAUCUGUCACAGCGAUGCUCACAUUUUGAACGGAAGUAUCGAAGCAAAAUUACCCGUCAUCCUUGGUCAUGAAGCCUCGGGUGUUGUGGAAAGUGUGGGGGAAGGCGUGACCAAUUUUGAAGAAGGUGACCAUGUCAUUACUAUGUUCCUCCCAGAAUGCAACCAGUGUAGGUGCUGCACUAGUGGGAAAACUGGUACUUGUGAAGUAUUCAUGGAUAAGAACUAUGCCAAUGGUCUAUUGAUGGAUGGGACAUCCAGAUUCAGCAUUAGAGGGAAGACAGUUUACCACUUCUUCGAUACCAGUACCUUCAGCCAGUAUACCGUGAUACCAGCUAUCUCCCUCGUAAAGGUCAACCCGGUUGCACCACUGGAGAAAAUAUGUUUACUCAGUUGCGGUAUACCUACUGGAUAUGGUACUGCUGUUAACACAGCCCCGGUAAAACAAGGAUCCGUCUGUGCUGUGUGGGGACUUGGGUGUAUUGGAUUAGCGACUGUCAUGGGAUGUAAGGCUGCGGGCGCCGCACGUGUCAUCGGAAUAGAUAUCAAUGCAGAUAAGUUUGAAUUAUCUAAAAAGUUUGGAGUGACAGAAUCACUCAAUCCUUUGGACUACGAUAAACCAAUCAACGAGGUACUCAAAGAAAAGACCAACGGAGGGUUAGACUUUGCCUUCGAAUGUGUUGGGACAACUAAAACAAUGGAGCAAGCAUUUAUGUCUUUGCACAAAGGUUGGGGUAAACUGUUAGUCGUCGGAUUGGCCCCCGAUGGAGAUACCAUUAAAGUAAGUGAGAAUUGUGUAUGUUUCUGUGAGAAAAUGGGGAAAAUGUUUUUGCUGAAUAAUGAUAAUUAUAUUGUGAUGUUGUUUGCUUGUCUUAUUAUUGCUGAUAAUUGA